CGUACAAUAAAGUUUCUAUAUCCUAUAUUUCUUCAUUCCAACACCCUCUAUUUUCAUUAAUAUCUAUUUUUGCUAUUUGGCGCCAUUUGUUUUAUUAAUCUUUAUCUCAUACAUACGCAAUUAUAUUUGGACACAAACUUGCUACGUGGUUUAAACACUUUUUUUAUUUUUUUCUGGACUGACAUUACUUUUGGAAAGCCCUAUAUUAACAAUGGGCAACCAAAUAUCGUUUACGGUCUUAGACAGCGAGCUGCAGCGCCAAAAAAUUGCCGAGACAAUGUAUUUAGCUCUGGACCCGCGAGGCAAAGCAGACGCAAUCAUGGUUAUUGUAUUGUCCUCUAUUUACUUUGUUGAUUUUUUGGCGGUUGCGUUUUUACUAUGGAACAGAAACUAUCCGCCGCUAAAAUCAAAGGGUCCAAUACUCAUGACCCUGAUGAUGGCGUCGUCUGCAUUCUGGUUUGUCGGUGACCUGAUUGCCAACGGACACCUGCGCACUGCAGGUACGAUUAUGAACAAUUGCAUGGCGUUUGGCGUUUGGGUUCGGCUUUUGUUGGGCGCAUGCACCAUGUGUAUCCUCACUUCGUUUAGGGCGUACGGAUUAUAUCGCGUGUUCUUUCUCAAUCUGCCGUAUCAUACCAUUGGACUCUACCUGCCGUUUGCCAUUACUACACCAAUGCUCUUUGUAUUUUUGUGGCUGACAUGGGCUGUUAUGAUAGGGGUUUUUUGGAAGAUUCGCAACAUCAAGAGUUCGUUCAACGAGAGGCGCGAGAUGAUGGUGACAUGCACAAUCAUAUUUGGAGCCCUCGUGUUUAUGACAAUUAUGAACUACACAAGUCAGUUUUAUGCCCUGAAAACAACCCUUCGUGUGGUAACUACUGUUUUGAGUCAUUUAGCAACCAACGCACUGUGGUGGAUUAUCAUGGCUGUGCCCAUGUACAACUGCAUAUUUAGCCGACAGGAGUAUGUCAGUCAGUGGAUUUUAAAGCUGGGCAAGGACGGUCUGCAGAAUGAGUACGACAUCAACCCAAAUGCAACUGGCGGGCAUAGUAACAUAUAUUUGUCCUCCUACAAUGCGCACAGCAAUGACAGCAAGGAGGCCGAUUCCAGAUUAAGCUCACAAAAUACUUUUUCAAGGGCUCCCGAAAGCCCACUUUAUGGUAAUAAUGACGCGGCUUAUAUACAGGGCUUGCAGUCAAUGAGCGCGAUGGAGCGCCGUCAAGAGAGCAUUAUAAUUGAAACAAGACCAGAGUCACCAACUUUUAAUGCAUUAAACAGAUAUUAACUAGAAUCAUAUUAAUGAAUUUUACAUAGAC